AUGACUAAGAUCGCCCCCGACGGCAGGCUGGAGCCCGAGGACGGCGGCGGCCUCCUAUCCGCGGUCGGCGUCCCAAACGUUCUCGAGAAAAUCGGCCUGAGCGAUGCGCCCGCGCGGUACCAGGACGCCAGCGUCGCGAAGAAGGAGGUGCUCAGGUCGGCGCGCGACCUCCCGAGGAACAUGACCUCCCGGAUCUCCCGCCUCGACCGCCUCGGGUACAAGCUCGAGAAUCGCAUCGCCGCCAAUCCCAACUAUCCGUUCAAGCUCGUCGUCAUCUUCACCUCCGUCGUGCUCGUCCUCGUGGGGUUGCUCUACCACUACCUCGCGGCGAGGCCCGCGGUGGCGCAGUUCGACGUCUUCGGCUCCAACUCCUGGGCGGACGGCAUCUACCUCGCGCUUUCGCUGGUCAUCGCGGCCGGCGUGGACGACUCCGUCCCCGAUAAGAUGGGACUGCGGUUCGUGUACGUGUCGCUGAUCAUCUUCGGCCUCGUCAUAUUCGCCGUUGUGGUGGGUUUCAUCACGAAACAGAUCGACGAUUUCUUGGUCACCAUCGCCGAGGGACACACGAAGGUGGCGGAGGAUAAGCACACGCUGAUACUCGGGUGGAACGAGGCGACGCUGCGGGUAGUCGUGCAGAUCUGUUUCCUGCGGCGGCAGUACCAGCAGACGAACGAGCGCCGAUUCCUUAACAUGUUCCCGUUCGCAUGGAUCAAACGCUUCACGUUUCUGCUGGAGACGCCGUCCACGUCCCUCGCCGUCUCCAACGUGGUGCUCAUGACGAAUCAGCUGUCCAAAGCGGAGAUGCACGAGCAGCUCGAGCAGAUCCUCGCGGAGAGGGGGAUUGACCCCAAACGCACGAGGAUCGGCCGGGAUAUCAUCUGCCGCGUCGGCGACCCGACCAACGUCAACGACCUCAUUCGCGUCGGCGCGCACAAGGCUUCCGCGAUUCUCAUCAUGAUGUCGAAGAUGGACCAGGUGGAGGAGGAAGAAAGCGACGGGACGAUUCACAACGGCGCGACGCUUCGUGUCCUCCUGGCGUUGCGCCACGUGCUCUUCACCAACUCGUACACACACGCGAAGGGCACAGGCUUGAACCCGGAUUUGAGAGUCGUGGUGCAGAUGUCCAACCCCAGCGAAUACGUCGACGCCGCGUGCUUCGCGCACGAUAACGGCAACCCCGCGGUGAUACCCGUGGACCUCACCAAGUUCUCCAACGCCCUCAUGUUCAACUGCGCGGCGCAGCCCGGUUUGAGCGCCAUCCUGCUCGACCUACUGGACUUCGAGGGCCCCGCGAUUCGGAGGCGAAUCGCCAAAAAUUUGCGAAGCGGUCGGUUCAACGUCAAGGGCGACUGCGUGGGUAAGACCUACGGCGAGACGCUGAAGCAGUUCACCACCGCGGCGUUCAUCGGGAUCCUCCGGCCCGGUAUGUCCGAGAAGGAUAUGCGUUCCCAGGGCUUCGGACUGUGCCCGAGGAUGGACAUCGUGAUUGAGCCCGACGAUUUGCUCAUCUUCAUCGGCCCGCGGGUGAACCCGGUUCACCACUACAAAAAUUUGGGCGUCUUCGAGGAGUACGCCGGGGAGGCGCUGAAGAUGCAUAGCAUGCACCCCAAAAUCGAGGCCAAGCGCAUGGAGAACGGGCCGGUGAACAGCAAGAAGAAGAGGAACCUGCUCGUCUGCGGCUGGCGCUCCGUUUGGGAGCAAUACCCCCAACGCCUCCGAAGCAGGCUCAACGAGAUUGUCCGGCAGCGGCUGCCCGGCUCCAUCGUGAUCUUCGUCAACGCGGUGACCUGCGAAGACUUUGAGAAUUUGAUGGAGAAGAUCGAGCUCAAGCCCGUCGGUGAUAACCAGUACUGCGUGGACAACGUGAGCUCGUCGACGGAGGCACUCUGGUGGAAGGGAAUCGUCGUGAAGCACAUCCAGGGCGACGCGGCUCAACUGGAAACGCUGCGACCCGUCAUCACGGACAACACGGUCGACGCCGCGAUCGUGCUGGGUACUCAGGCCAACCACAACCUCGCGGGCAGACACAGGGACACGCGCGUGAUGAACAUCAUAUUGAUGCUCCGCAAACUUUGGAACGAAAAAGACGAAGGCGUUCCGAUGCACAUCGUGGGCGAGAACACCGAGGACAUGACCGCGAGAUUAGCGUUGGCGCCCCCGAGGCACGGCCAGAACAGGAUUCACAACGGCGAGAGGUUCAUAGAGUACGAGCCGGACUUUGUCAACCAGAUGGCCGUCAUAGCGCGGGCGCUGGUGCAGACCCUGGCGUAUCCCCUCAUCGAUAGCGCUCGAAGCGAACUGUUCGACGACGAUCCGGAUUCGACGCAACUGGUGACGGUGCACGCGAGCGAGUACGUCCCUCUGGACACGAAGUUGAGGUACGGCGUGGUACGGGCCGCAGUGUACAGGGCGAGAGGCGAGCACUCGAUCUGUCUCGGGGUGCUGUGGGCGGACGGCACCUCGGACCUUCUCAAGAAACACGACGAGCCGGUGAGUUUCGUCGAGGACGAUCGGCUCAUCGUGUUGAGGCGGUGGGCCAAGGGUUUCCACGGCGCCGACGGCGUGAUAGAGUUCCAGGACGAGCUCGCGGAUAAGAAGGAGGAACUCGCCGAGAUGGUCGGCGUCCAGAGCGCGCGCAAGGAGAGGAAGGACAAGAGCUCCAAGAAGGAGAAGAAGGAGAAGAAGGACAAAUCCGACAAGAAGAAAAAGUCAGAGCGGGAGAAGCUCGAGAAGAAGGACUCGGCGGAGAGAAUCGACGUCGUCCCGUCCACGGCGUUUGACGGGGACUCCUUUGACGGCGACCCCGGACAGUGA